GUCCACUUUUGACUUUUGGAACUGUUCAUCUAAGCACUUUGACUCAUCAAAUUCUCUCAAUGUGUAAGCCUAAAAAUAGUCAUGUGUGAUCUUGUUUGAUUCGUCUUAACAUAUAGAUUAUUAAUAUAUAAUUUUUAUAAUUUUUAAAUAUACAAAUUACAAGAUAAAAUGGAUUAAAGAAGUGCAUUGGAUGUUGAUCUACAAGUACUAUUUGUACAUCAAUUAAAUUCUAAAGAUGAAGAUCUCAUGGACAAAUUAUUCGAUAACAUUUAUGAUGGAGUCUUGUCAAGCGAGCAACUUCCAAGCUUAAGAAGAGGUCUCAUAUCAUUUACGGAGUAUUAUGCUGCGUUUGACUUACUUUCAACUGGAUACCAGCAGCAGCAUGAUGAAACAUUGAAACAGAAGUUGCUGGCAUUUCAGCUACCUGCAGAAGGAAAGGAAAAAAGCAAGAAAGAAAGGAAGCAACGAAGGAAGGAAGCAGGGCAGGAAGGAAGGAAGGUUGAACCGGGGGUCUCUUGGAAACAGCCUCCCUGCUUUCGAGUAGGGGCAAGAGCCUUCGUUCCUUUCUCUCCCUCGUUCAACCUAGUGCAGCUGCCAACCCUAGCAGCGCCUCCCCCCUCUCUCACGGCCGAACUCAGCAGCCAGCAUCACCGGCGUCCUCCCAGCAGCACCGCCUCCUCUCCAGCAGGCUCUCUCUCUCUCUCGGCAGUCCAUCUCCAUCGCUCCACCAUGUCUGAGAAAGUCUCCGUCACCGGCACGUCGUCAUCCUCGCCGACUCCCCACUUGGCGUUCACAACUAUUUCAAACGUCAAGCUACAUGUACCGAUCCUUCUCAGCUUUUCCGAGCCCAACUACAAGAAGUGGAGCCGGCUCUUUCUCCUUCUCAUCCGCCGGUUCUCCCUCGGCGACUUCCUCACCGGAAAGUCGUCCCCGUCAAGCGCCGACGACGCUGAAUGGUUUCAACUAGACGCCCUUAUUCAAGGGUGGAUCUUGUCUACGGUCAAUGAUGAGAUCUGUGAUCUCGUCCUCUCCACCACAAAUUCCGCCUCCGAAUUAUGGACAUCGAUCUACAAUCUCUUCCAUGACAACAAAGCGGCUCGGGCGAUGCAACUCGAGCACCAAUUCCGCAUAACCACGAAGGGUUCUCUCUCUAUGGCCGCCUAUUGCCAAACCCUUCGCAACCUCGCGGAUUGGUUGGAUGAUGUGGAUGCCUCAGUUUCUGAACAACAACUUGUUCUCCAAGUUCUCCGUGGCCUCUCGGACGACCUUCGGGCCCAAACUUCGUUCCUACAAUAUCAAACACCGCCCCCGACCUUUCUUCAAACCUGCUCGGCCCUUCUCCUCAUUGAACAACAGCGGCAAGAAUUGGGGACCGGCGGCGUCGCGGGGGGAAGGUGGCACGGCACUGUACACCGACAGUGGGGGUCCCGGCAGUGGCGCCUCACGGCGCUUUGGCAGCACCAGUGGAGGCCGAGCAGAUUCCAGCGGCGGAGGUGGUCCUGAACAGCCGCAUCACAACCGACAACGUGGUGGACAGCAGCGAGGUCGGGGGCGCGGCCGAAGCUCCGGGUCAAAUGCACGACACACCCACGGGCAGCUUACUGGA